AUACCGGUAUAUGAUACCUGCAACAGCUACUGGGUACUACGAGUUCCUGGACGAAUCCUUAUCGGUUCACCGUAUAGUUCUGAAUCCAAAUCUCGAAUUCCAUCCCCACUCUUGCCCAGCCGCUCUCCUGUUGCAGACGACGGCCGUUGCCGGAGGAAUCCAGCGAUUAGAUGAAAGGGCCUUUAAUAGAGUCUCUGCCCUAUGAGAAUUCGUACAAGUCCAACUUCCACCAGUGGAUUUCCCCAUCGCGACAAUCUCCAGUAUGAGUCGAACAUUGCCGGGACGUCAAGCUGAAGAACUACACAAAUCAAUCAUCGCAUACCUGUCGGCGAAUAACCUAUCCAACAGUGCCGCUGCACUCAGGACCGAGCUGAACAUUGGCGAAGAUGUUUUCAAUGCCGCUACCGCGAAGAAGUACGAAACAUUGCUGGAGAAGAAAUGGACAGGCAUCGUCCGACUACAGAAAAAGGUAAUGGAUCUCGAGACCCGAAAUACCGCGUUACAAUCCGAGCUGGACAACGCGACACCUACCUCCCUCUCCCGACGCAACCAAGAUCCUACUGCCUGGCUUCCUCGAUCCCCUGCUCGACAUACCUUAGAAUCGCACCGAGAUACCAUAAACUGCGUCGCAUUCCAUCCCAUUUUCUCCUCCAUAGCCUCCGGCUCGGACGAUUAUACUAUUAAAAUAUGGGACUGGGAACUAGGUGAACAAGAAAAAACCAUCAAAGGUCACACGAGAGCAGUCCUAGACAUUGACUAUGGCGGACCACGAGGGGGAAUCCUUUUGGCAUCCUGUAGUUCCGACCUGACUAUUAAGUUGUGGGAUCCGGCGGACGACUAUAAAAAUAUUCGGACGUUGCUGGGUCACGAUCAUAGCGUUAGCGCCGUUCGCUUCAUACCGUCAGGAGCUGCUGGCGCACCAUUAUCUGGAAACUUGCUUGUGAGCGCCAGCAGAGACAAGACCUUGAGGAUAUGGGAUGUCUCCACGGGCUAUUGCGUGAAGACUCUACAAGGCCAUACUGGCUGGGUGCGGGAUGUUUGCCCCUCGCUGGAUGGCCGCUUCCUUCUCUCGACUGGGGACGACACGACCGCUCGGUUAUGGGAUAUCUCCGUAUCGAAUUCCGAAACCAAGCUGACCAUGGCUGGUCAUGAGCAUUUCAAUGAAUGCUGCGCACUCGCUCCGCCGGCUUCGUACCAAUAUUUGGCACCCCUGGCUGGACUGAAGAAACCACCACCUCUCAGCAGCACAGCGGAGUUUAUGGCAACCGGGUCCCGUGACAAAACGAUCAAGCUCUGGGACGCUCGUGGUAGUUGCCUCAUGACGCUGGUAGGCCAUGAUAAUUGGGUGCGAGCGCUUGUUUUCCACCCCGGCGGCAAAUACCUCCUUUCGGUAUCGGAUGACAAAACAUUACGCUGUUGGGAUCUCAGUCAAGAUGGCAAAUGUGUCAAGGUGCUCGGCGACGCACAUGAACGCUUCGUCACCUGUCUAAGAUGGGCUCCUGGAAUCGCCAAGGACGUACCUGUGGUUCAGGCCGGGACGAACGAGGGACAGAACGGCGAAAGCAAUGGGACGCCGAAGAGCAAGCGAACCGGACCGGCCGUCCCCGGUGUUCAGAUACGCUGCGUUAUCGCUACAGGGGGUGUGGAUCGGAAGCUGAGGAUCUUCGCGAACUGAGGACACACGCAAUCGGCAGAAAAUGAUCCGACACUACUACAUGCGGCCUCGUGCCACGGCGUCCAGCUUGUGCGACUCCGCAGGCUUGGUCUCGUCGACACCGCAGUUUGAAACGCAACGGUGCAACAAUUUA